AGCGCCCGCAGCGCUCCACCUCCGUCGGCGCCGCCAUGUCCUUGUGGCGGGCCCGCCUGGGCCCGGCCGCCGCCGCCACCGUCACCUCUGCUGCCCGCGGCCGCCUGCGGAGCGCCGUCCUGCCGGCGGCAAGCGUCCACAUCAGCUCCCAGCGCCCUUUGCAGUAUGGCUGGCUGGCUUACAUGCUGGGAGAGAGAGCCUCUAAAAAGUUCAGCGAAUACAGUAAAAUCUUCACAGUGGAUGGCAACCUGUCGUCCGGGAAGGGCAAGCUGGCACAGCACAUUGCAGAUAAAUUAGGGAUGAAAUAUUUCCCGGAAGCAGAUAUCCAUUAUCAAGACAGGAUCGCAGGAGAUGGAACGCUGCUGGAUGAGAGGUUUAAUGGUUUCUGUAACCUAGAGAGAUUUUACAAUGAUCCAAAAUGCCCUGAUGGACACUCUUACAGGCUGCAAGCUUGGCUGUUUGGUAACCGCAUUUUACAGUACUCUGAUGCAUUGGAGCAUCUGCUCACCACAGGUCAAGGUGUGGUGUUGGAGCGCUCUCCCUACAGUGAUUUUGUAUUUUUGGAUGCAAUGUUUAAACAGGGCUAUAUCCACAAACGAUGUGUUGAUCACUACAAGGAGAUCAAAGAGAUCAGCAUUUGUGAAUUCCUGCCACCCCACUUGGUCAUUUAUUUAGAUGUACCUGUCCCAGAUGUGCAGAAGAGGCUUCAAGAGAAAGGAGAGCCUUAUGAGAAAAAGGUGUCUGCUUCGUACCUGCAGAACAUUGAGGAUGCUUAUAAGAAAACCUUCAUACCAGAAAUGAGCGAGACCAGUGAAAUUCUGCACUACACAGCAAGUGAGGCAGAGGAUGUGGAGAAGGUAAUUGAAGACAUUGAGUACUUGAAAUUUGACAAGGGCCCAUGGCUGGAACAAGAUGAUGUUUCUUUCCAUCAUUUGAGACUUUUUGUUCAGGACAAAGAUGGAGUGCUGGAUCCUGUAGCUAUCCCUCGGUUCAUUCCAGAAAUCACAAUCGGAGGCACUGAAUAUGAUAAAAUCUAUUACGAAUUUCGAUCACCCUCAGGCACGGGGAAUGUGCAUAGUGCAAAAGAUGUGAAGCAUUCCUGCUUCUCCUGAGAAACCUACUAGAAAGCAAAUGAAGCUGUGAGUUUCUGCUUGCUUGCAUUCGGAGGUAAUACAGCAUGACACCAAACAGCACAGACAGGAGAAGCAGAUGAACUGUAGAUGCAAGUCUUGGCUACGAGUUUGCUGGGUCUGAUGGGAGGGAAUCUCAGCUCGUAAACCCUUGCCUUGCCCGUGUCUGUGCACAGAUGGUUGCAUCUCUGCUACCACUCUUGCGUUUGAAGACAGAUAAAGAUUUUAGGCUCACGUGACUUGUAAAUAAAGGCUUAAUUAUGGUGUAAUUACAGAACUUGAACUUUUCCUUGUGGGAAAUGCGUGCUUUUAAAGUUAGAGUAAUGAUGUUUACCAAAUAAACACAAUGAUUUGUGUAGGGGAUUUUUCUUCCUCGGCACUCCUGUAACUAGUUAUACAUCCCUGGUUGUACAAAUAGGCAACUAACUGCUGUGCUUUUCAGAGCUGCAUGCACACAAUUCAUGCUGCCUAAUAAUGGUGGUUUUCAGGGAUUUGCAAAUUCCAGGCAGAAGCUGGUUUUUGUUCAAAAUAUUAAUUAGUCACAAGCAACUGAGGAGGAGGAGGAAGCACUUCCCAGGGAACAAGAUUUGAGUACAUUUUCCUUUCCUCAAAAUCAUGAGGUAACCACAUACAGCUCUGAACACCAUAAGAUUGCUUUUUAUGUAUAUCCUCUUAAUUUCUUCUGUAAAUGUUCUUUUCAUAUGUGAGGAGGUGGCUUUCUGCCUCUUUCUCUUACUGUGGAGUCAUCUGGCAGGGCUCAGACAUUGUGUUCAGGCAUCCAUAAACUUCUAAAGAUGCUUUUCUGGCAAGGGAAAAGUAACCUUUUAGUCAGGGUACGUAGAUCAGAGAUAAGCAUGUUCAUUCUUAAGUGAAGCAACAUUAUUUUAGGAACUGUCAGACUAGUAAAGACUUGAAUGCUGUGUCUUCUUUUUCCACAACUGCUGUAUCUCUGCACUUUCUUCCAACCACGCACAGUCCCACAGAUAGUCCUCCAAACUGUGUGUGAAGCUGGAACACAUAGGCAGAUGUGUUUGCAGAGAAGAUAAAACCAAAUGAUUCUGUUUAAUGGAAUCAGUGCACUUAAAUAAUGUACUUCUGUACUUCACAUUCCCAAAUGGUGUUGGCAAGUCCUGCCUGAAUCUCCUAGGGAUGGUGAAAAGAGGAUUUGUUUACGUGCAGGCUCUUUGCUGUCUACAUAAAAGUGCAGCUGUCUGAGCUUCAUAUUCAAACUGUCACCUACGUUUUUACCUCUGAGAACAAAGCUGCAGAACUUUAAAAUAGUGGUUACAUUGCAGAUAAGAGGGAAAUGAUCAGUAUUUCUUUUACUCAAACUUUGUACUGGAAAAGACAAUGAAAUAAAUUAAUGAGGCUGCUACUUAUGGACAAGAGUUUGGAGUCGAAGGCUUGCUGGUGUUCAGUUACGUAUUGGAGUGGAGAAUUUUUUGCUGUAACAGGAAAGUUAAGUAUUUAAUGCCUUAUCUCCUUUCUCAUAUCGUCAUUUGUAAUUAAAGGCAUGCAUAUCAGCCCACUUGCCUUAACCCUGGUUUGUGCAGUCAUUUUCCUCUGUUUGUCCCAUGGCUUGCCCCAAUGUUUUUAAAGAGAGAUCUAAGAAAUCCUGGAGGAGAACAGGGCUAUUUUCAGUAGAAUGCUAUAAAACACAGCUUGCAUCCAACACUCUAGGGUUUUGGUUGUUUUUUUUCCAUCCUCUCUCCAGGGGGUAAGGACGUGCAGUGGGAGUAUUGCAUCCUCUUUCUAGCUUGCUGGGAUUCUUUAAGUGCAUGUGUGGGUGUGUAUAUUAAAGAAAAUGAACAAAUGCCUGGGCUCAAACUCUCUUCCUACAACACAGGUCCAUGCACCUAGAAGUUCCUUUUGUGAUAAAGCAAAUCUUUUAUCAAAAUGUUUUUUAUCUUGUUAGCCCAAACGGUACAACUAGAAGAAAGUCAGGGACAUGUGCCUUACCCUUGGAGCAGGCAGUUUAUGAGGAAUUCUCUGAAGAAUUUAUUCCACACUCUUGAACUACCUUCAGAGGUGCUCUCUAUCACAAUAUGAGUUCCAGCUCCAGUGAGUGCAUGUGCAUAAGGCUUGCUUAAAACAUUGUUAGUUGUCAUCUUUCCAUCUGAGAAAUCUUUUUGCUCUUGUACUGAAUUGGUGAACCCCGUGCUUCUCUCACAUUACCCACAUACACAUACUGCUUUUCCCCACCGUGCGCUGCCUGUUUGCUGAUCCUGGGGCUCCCUUCAGCUUCCAUCCAGUGAUUUCUUGCCUUGAUCAUUCCUGUCCUCUUCCAAACCAAAUUGUGCAAUGUCCCUUUCUGUCAUGAGAUAAACUUUGCACUCUCACAGUGCUCACUGUGUGAGGAAAGCAGAGGCAGAAGAAUUGAUUCUUCUUCAGCUAUUCCUUCCAUCCCUUACACACCUCACAUGAUAUUUGUCUAGUCACUGCAGCUCCAUAUUGUGUGAAAGCAGUGCAGUGAGCUUUACUGUGGUGGAUAACUCUUGUGGGAUGGUACACACCCUAGCCUUUGGCCUCAGAUUUUACACAGGGUUGUUGCAGUAAUUAGACACUUUACACAUGCGUAUACACACAUACACAUAAUCUGCUCUGUGUGGAUAAGUAUAACUUAACAGAAGUUAUGGUUUUGUUUUUGUUUUUUUUUUUACAGAGUCCUGUAGCUUUUCACAGUUUACUUAGGUAACAAGAGUUGGCUUCCAUGGUAGUCUUGCCUUUGCAGAAUUAAGGAGUUUAGGAUAUUCUGUCUUUUUUUUUUUCUUUCUAUGUUUGUAAUUAUAUCAAAGAUGGAUGUCAUGGUAACAAUCUUCUGUUUUUCCUCUCCUGCCUUUUUUUUUUCUUGUCUUGCCAAACUUCUUGUUUUUUAGGACCAAGGACUCCUGUUCCAUUUCUUAUUUUUAUGGAGGUGUUUGACAGUUGUAAUGCCCAGCCCUAUCUGCUUUUGGAUUCAGGAGGGAAUGAAAACAGGCACGCAAUAAAUUAGGAAAAGCUCAAUUUAUUUUUUGCUGCUUUAUCUCUGUAAAAAUAUUUUUAGCCAUUUCUAAAAUAAAGGAGGAUGUUGCCUAGCUAGAUAGCUGUAGGACUACAGGAACCUGAGGAACUACUAAAAAUGAAGGUUAACAAAGUUGUUUCUGAGGGUUUUCUGGGAAAGGGUGGGAAUAGGCACAUGAUCUGCGUCUGUUUCCUUCUCUCCCUGGUCCUCUUCCCUGCUUACCUUCAAAGACAGCACAGGCAGUAGGCAGAGAUAUCCAUCCCAAAUAAGGAGGAGAGGAGGGCUUUGAGCAGCCUUGGGACUGUGUCAGAUCUGUUUGGUUUUGCUUUAGAUGACAAGCCAUGCUGUCCCCUGCACUGGGUUCCUAUCUAAAUCAAGAAGGCAUUAACAUUGCUCUGCUAUUAAAAUAAUCUGUUUCAAACUUGACACUCUGCCAUUGAGUCCUGUGAAAGAAAACACUUUUCUGGGAAGCAGCCAUCCUCAACCUCCAAAACCUUUCCGUCCCAUAACACGAUAGGAACACUAUCUCCAAGGUAAACCUCUAUUAAGACACUGAAAUCAAUCAAACAAACAAAACCAGCACAGGAAAAAACAGCUGGGAAAAAAAGAUAUUUUGUUGAUGGAGAAAUGGAGGAAGAAGUUUUAGCUGAACUGCUUCCAUUCUUCUGCAUCUCCUAGGGAACUUUGAAGGAAACCCCACAUCGGCCAGUUUCAGCUUAGUUUCUUAUGCUGAACAUCAUGCUAUAAAUCAGGAAAUGGUUUUGGCACAUGUGUACCAAAAUGUGCUUGGCUCUGUUCUCAGUCUUCCUCCCAUCCCUGCACUGCUCCAGCUCCUUGGGGUAACAUCUCCAUGGGUCUUAAAGUGUGAAGUUACAUGAAUUUGAGUUGUUGAGCUGUAUGGGGAUGGUGGGAUUUGGGUGAGGACAGCAUCUCCUGAUAGCAUCUUUAUAGCAAGAAGCACUCUAGGAGUUUUUAAUGUAGAAAUGGUGUUCAAAGAGCUGCUUUCACUUAGGGUCACAGAAUCACGGAAUGGCUUGGGUUGGAUGGGACCUUAAAGGUCAUCUAGUUCCAACCAGAGUUCUCUUGGGAGUCCUGUUGUAAGGAGCUUUUUGCACUGUGCCUGCCCAGUUUAAAAAAUGAAUCUACAGUUGGCUAAGUCUUUGUGACUCGCAUUUGGUUGUUUUUUUCCCAUGGUAGAUAGUGGAUCCUGCACUAUCAAGUGGGUAAUUGGUGUUCUUAACAUGCUCUUCCCUAAGAAAAAACAGUAUUUUGCCAGUGUGGAGUACAGUUACUAUUGCAAGUUGACACUGGAAAAUCACUGCUGCAAAAUAUUUACCCAUGCCGUCUUGCUUAUUUAUUCUUGGCUGCCUUGCAAAAGCAAAGCUGGAGAUAUACAUUAGAUUGUUUAUGGUGUUUGUAGUUGUUCAAAUUGCAAGUCACAAAUUCCUUUCUACAGAUCGGAUUCCUGCUGAUGCUCAGCUAUGUGGUUUGAAGUGAAAAUGCUUCGGCUUUACAGAAAUAAGCCAUGUCUUCCUUAUGGACACUUAUCUUUCCAUAGGAUCUCUAAUGACUUCUCUGUUGCUUUUUUUGUUUGUUUGUUUGUUUGUUUGUUUUUUGAGAGUUACGUGUUGGGUUUUGUUUUGUUUUUAAAUGAAUGAAUGAAGGGUAGGAACCAUUGAAAAAUUCCACUAGAUUGUGUCUGUUUUUACCUCAAUUCAAUACAGCUUUUGAGUGCAGUCUUAGCCGGGCUAUCGUGAAUGUUCACAGCACUAAGUAAAGGAUGGUAGGAGCCAAGCUGUAGGCAAACGUCUGUCUUUGCCAGCCCUCUGGAAAUCAAACUAUACACCUUGUGAAUGCAUGUUUAGGGGCAGAAAGGAAAAGAGUGGUGAUUCUUUCUUGCUCCUGGAAUGUUGGAAAAGAAGACAGACUCUAAGCUUAUGGAUAUAGACCUUUUCAGGAUGUUAAAACUCUCCAGAGCUCUACCUGUACAUGUCUGGCUUGAAAUGAUUUUAUAUGCUGUGGCUGCAGCAUAUAGCAAACAGCUGGCUAAAGCUGUUUGUUGCUACUCUGCAGCAUAUACCACUUUAUAGGGCUUUUCAUCACCUUUAUAGCUUUGACAGGCACUUCUGUGGCAGAGUUCUUAAUUUAAGUGAUGAGAUGAUCUUGUUUUCAUCUUUUUACUGAUGUUCUUUUAAAGUUGAGCAGUUUGAUUCCUCUGAGCCAGCUCUACCUUUGCUGGGUAGAACUUAUUUCAUUAGUUCCUCUCUUCAUAUAGUGGAUUUUAUAGCAUAUUUCUUGAGUUAAUCCCUGCUGCCAGCUCCAGGUUCUGCAGUGUAUCACAGCAGACCAGGGCUUGAUUCUCAGUCUCCUCCAUUUUCUUGCAGUGGAAAGCUCCAUUAUCCAUCAGUAACCCUGCAGGAGCUGAUGUUCACCUCCUCAGGCUGUUGGGUCUCUCUGGAGGGAUCUCUGCCCCAACGUAGUGGUAACUACGUGGCUUUUCUUACUUUUCUUGGGAAAGACCGUAACUGUCUGCAUUCUGACACUUGGUAUUGGGCAGACCUGUCGGUGUGCUCUGUAGGUCUGUGCUGAUGAUGCUGGGAAAGGGACGGGUGGGAUUUGUCUGACCCCUACAUGCUGCUGUUAUUACUUCCAUUGGAAAUGUUUGGUAGAGGUCAUGCAUAAUAAGAUGCACUACCAUUGCUGUUACUGACAUGUUGAUUAAGUUGUACUUUUUCUUUAGUUUUAUUUAAGUUUGAUUUGAAGGUAGAGAGCAUGGAGCAGUCCUGUGAAUGUGCCAGCCACUUGACAGUGAUGUGGUAUUGUUGCAAGUUUGGCUGAGAAACUUAUCUUAAUUUCAACUCAUGGAAAAUGAAAGUCUCUUCAGUUAUUCACUUGAUCUCCCACUGAGAGACUGAAUUUUUAGUUUCACUAGUGUCCUUCAGCAAGGGAUCCAUCUAGCCAUUGGCUUUGUUUGUUGGCACCUGUAUCUUGUUCUGGAAGAAGUCAAAUAUUCAGCCUCUCUUUCUGCUCUCACAAGUACGGUGAGUUUCAUGAAGCUGUGUCCCAUCUCCCUUCAGUCACCUCUCUUCCAGCCAUCAUCUUUCUGUUUGCCAUACUGGCAGCCUUGGUACUGGCUGCUUGUUCCCAUCCCUGCCCUUAUAUUGGCUCAGCAGCCAGCAGGCUGGGAGCUUCAGCUGGCUUAAAGCUAAGGAUGCAGGGUGGAGUCUCAGCUUAGCCAAGUGCUGGCCCCAAAAGGAGCACAUCCUACAGCUUCCUUGCAUCUCCAUGUCUGCCUCCCACCACUUCUCUUUGCAGCUGCUGGGUAUGCAUUUGGCCAAAGGAGCUCAUUGAGUCACUGAAAGUAAGCCAGCCAAAAGGAGUACUUAGCUUCUCACUGGGUAAGGGAGAUGACUGGACUUGUGGAAUGAUACAGCAUGCUGCAGAGAGGGUUGGGGCUGUGCAACAGAGGGACGAGAUGAUGAUGAGUACUACAGGAUAUCUCUCCCUUCUCUUCAUAUUAAGCUGACUGGUCCAUUCAGCCACCCUGUGCACAGUCACUGUGAUGCUUUUCCUUUGGUUGUGUCAGUACAGGCUCCUUGUGCACCUGAGCAAAUGCUUCUUCUAGGAGGAAGUGGAGGGGAGGCAGAGCACCACAAGAACAGAAACAACUCCCAUUGCAGUGUUUCUCCAAAUGCUGGAGUAGACCAGCCUUGUACCUAGUUGUGCAGCUUUACUAUGGACAGUUCAGAAAAAUGUGUGCUUUGAAGGGCUCUUUCUCAAAAGUCAUCUCUAUUGCUUGUGCCUAAAAUAGAUAGUGCACAGAACAUAAACUUGCAUGAUUUUGCUUGCUAGGUAAAAUGAGAUUUGUUUAUGUGCAGUUUCCUGGCUGUUUGGAAGGCCCCUUAAACACACCCUGAAACUCAGCUGCUUUUGCCAAGGCCCACUGUGAAUGAUGGAGUAUGGAUGAAUACUUAUUAUAAAAAUUGCUUUGAUGUUUUGCAUGUCUUUAACCAAAGGCACAUGUGGAAUUUGUUUUGGACAAUGAAUUUGAAUUCUGCUGGGAUUGAUAUUGUGUUGUUUUAAGAGGGGAGAUUUCCCCAGGAAUGAAACUGUAAAGUCCUGUAUGUUCCCAGAGAGCUCCUGUUGCUUUAAUAAUCUUGUUAUCUGGGAACCUCUUAGGUAUCAGAGGGCCAAUUAUGUGCUGCCCAAAAAGGACCAGGGAGAGAUGUUUUUGUGCUAGAAUUAAUAGAUACAGGCUGGUCACAGCAGGUCCGAUGCCCUGCCUAACUCACCACUGUAAAUUUGUAAGGCAGGGAUAGUAAUCAUUUAUUUCCAUCUCACAUCUCCUCUUUGCUCAGCAGGAGUAACUCUUAACAGGACAGCAUGGUUUCUUCUCAUGUUUAGACAAGGCAUUAAAGACAAGUUGAAAUGAAAUACCCUAGAAAAACUGAUCAGGAAUGACUUGUAAUAGCUUGUGACAGGGCAGGGUGGUGGAUGUCUUAUGAAGGAAGUAGAAGUCUUCAGCUAGCUUGAUGCUUUGAGGAAAGAAAUUUUUUCGGACCUUAAAAUAAAUAAAUUAAGGAAAAAAAAAAAACCUCCACCUUCCUUAAAACAGGCUUCAGCAUGGAUUAAAUGGCUGUUAUCGUGGCUUGAGUGUAGAUGCCAUCAAGACAGCUCUCUUAAACAGGAUACUUGCCCAGUUUCUUUGAAAGGAAGGACCAGCAGGACAUGCCAGGGGUCCUGUGUGGAACCAGGUUUUGUGUGGAGCUGGGUGGAUGAUCUGGGCUUAAUUAAUUGUAAAGAAUGUGGCUGAUACGUUAUUUUGCUUAUUAUUUUGUUUGUUUCUUAUUAUACCUGCAUCUCUUUUGUCUGUAGGAUCACUCACUAGUAAUUGCCCAACAGUAAUGACUUUAGGUAUUGAUCCUGUUGCUGGGAGUUGUGGUAUCCUGUGGCUUAGUUACCUAGUGGGUACAGAGCCUGGUUCACAUUUAUUCAGGCAGCAACUGCACUAAAAUUUUGCCUUGCUUUAGCAAAAACGAGUUGCUAAGAGAUGCUUUUGCUGACCUGCUGGUGCAGCCUGUGCUCUCCCAGCCUGCACAGAGCACGUGUGCUGUUUUGCUGUAUUGGCAGGCUCUCUCUCACAGUCCUGCAUGCUGUGUUAGUAAUCUCUUAAAAUGGCUGCUACCUAAACAGUCUCUUUCCCCAAAUCUUGAAGGCUGAAGGUAGAACGGCUUGGCAGUUGAGUUUGUGAUACUGCCCAUACAUGGUCUGCAGGGCUGUGCCUAUCCUCUUCCUCCCAAAUCCCAUGCCAGGCCUUGACUGCUGACCAGCUGAGCCCCCAGGGAUGGACUGUGUUCUUUAGUCUUAUGUCCUUUCACACCCAGAACUGCUGUUCCUCAGCUCUAGGCCUGUAUGCUACUCCUUGAACUCCUGCAUGCCAAGAACCUGUAUGGGCUACUGUCAUAGAACUGUGGAAUAUCCAGAGUUAGAAGGGACCCACAAGGGUCACCCAGUCCAACCCCCGACCCCACACAGUACCACCCAAACUCAACCCCUGUGGCUGAGAGCGGUGUCCCAGCGCCCCCUGAGCUCCGGCAGCUCGGGGCCGUGCCCAUUGCCCUGGGAGCUGCUCCAUACCCACUGCCCUCUGGGGCACAGCCUUCUCUUCACCCCCACCAUAUCAGGCAGAGCAGAGUGGAACAAUCCCUUCCCUUGUCUGGCUGGCAGUGCUAGGCCUGAUGCAUGUCCAUUUAGUCUUGUCCCUAUUACAGCUUGCUUUCCCUCCCUGGUGAGGAUGCAGACCCUCCAGCUUUCCUAGCACAUCUCAUGUCCUCCUCCCAGUGCUCUGGCCCGUUCAGCCUUUCCUUCUGCAACGUUUCAUGCUUUACUUGGCCUGUGAUUCUGCAUAAUGUGUCUCCAGAGACCUGUGAAACCAUCCAUAAUUCCAGACGUGCUGUCCAACAACACGACUGACUCUGAGGGUCCCCAGCCCAUUGCCAUUGUUCUGGUUUAACCCAGCUGGUGGCUCAGCACCACGCAGUCAUUUGCUCGCUCUCCCCCUUCACGGUGGCAUGGGGGAGAGAAUCAGAGGGGAAAAAAAUGUAGAAAAAGUAGAACUCGUGGGCUGAGAUGAAAACUAUUUACUAAGGUAGAGAAAAGGAAAAUGAUAAUUAUACGAAUGUAUCUAACAAGUGAUGCACAAGCAGUUGCUCACCACCCCCAACCAAUGCCCAGCUAGCCCCUUAACAGCAUAACAGAGAGAUGAACAUCCACCCCUUCAGAACUCCUUCUACAUGAUGUCAUAUGGUAUGGAAUGUCCCUUUGGCCAGUUCAUGUCAGCUGUACUAACUUUGUUCCCUCCAAGCUCCAUGGGCCCUUCACUGCAACUGGUCUUGGCUCUGUACAGUGUUGCUUAGCAUGCAACUACAAACAUCAGUGUGUUACCAACAUUGCUCUUCUCCUAGAACCAAAAUACAGCAUCUCACCAGGCACUCUGAAGAAAACAAUUCCAUCCCAGCUGAAACUAGGACUCUUUAUUCCAUACCAUUUACGUUCAGUUUGGGUCCCACAGUUUCUACACGUUCUAAUUACCAUCACCUAUCUUAUGCAGCAUGUUGUGUAUAGCAGUGGGUAACACACUUCAGGGAAGAAGUAAUGAGACUGCAGCAUCAGUGUUUCCAUGAGCCCUGGGUUGGGAACCAGUGGCACAGAAGGGUCAGUCAUGCUAACCAGCAGAUCUGCAGCGGUCAGCUCCCAGAAGCCUGAAGGGUCUGUGUGGAAGAGGUGCUGCUCGAAGGUCAGUGAGGUUCAGAGGCAGCAAGUGAAGGUUGUUGCUUUGGUCCCAGGGUACCUUGAAAUUUGGGUUGGUGGGGAGUUGAGAAACUUGUUUUUCCAGCAAGUAGUGGUUUCUGGCUGUGCUGAUGGAGACGGGCAGAGAUUGCAUUCUGCUUUCGUGAAGUUAAGUUCAGCUCUUGAAGGCUAAAUAUGCAAUUUCAUUUGAAUGGCUUAAUUUAAAUGUAGCAAUUAACUCAGAAUUUCAUGCAUGAAACUUUUGCAUUUAAUAGUGUGUGCCUAUUUUGGCACAAGAUUCUACUGACUUACACCAUUCUUCUACCGUGCACCAAGAUUAGAGGGGUCAUCUCUAAUUAAAACGAGGAAUGGCAGACAGUGGUAGAAAUGGGUGAAUCCAGAUAGAACAUGUUUUUCUGUUGGUGAGAUAUUGGCUUAGUUUAUAUAUAUGUGUUUGUGUAUGGUAUUGAAAUAGUAUUUUCUGUGCGUAUUCUCUAUUUUUCUCUAAAGGAGUAAAUUUUUCUGUAAGUACCAGUCCUUAUUUUGCAAAAAAAUUGUAUAUUUCUUUGGCAGAUAACACCAGUCACUUUGUAGAGAAUCUGAAGAUUUUGGUAAACAGUAACAAAAUGCCUGACUAAACUUUCUGUUUCCUCUAGCUUCCUGGUCGCAAUUAUAAGAAAGGCUACAAUGCUGAAGUUGGU